UCGCAGUGAAACCUGGGUAGGACAGUUAAAGCGGCGGGAGAGCGGCAAUUUAUUGCCAAUUUGCUCAAAUUAAAUUAUACAUAGAGACUUGGACGCAUUGAGAAGUGUAAUUUUAGUUGUGUGAAAAGGGCACAGGUUGGUUUAAACUACAACCGUCUCGUUCCUAGCGUUUCGACAACAAUGGCGAAAGUGCAGGUGUUGAAUGUGGCCGUUCURGACAACCCGAGUCCCUUUGGAAACCCCUUUCAGUUCGAGAUAACAUUUGAAUGUAUGGAGGACCUCCCUGAAGACCUUGAAUGGAAGAUCAUCUAUGUAGGCUCAGCAGAAAGUGAGGAGUACGAUCAAAUCCUGGACUCGGUUUUAGUUGGCCCAGUUCCUGCUGGAAGACACAUGUUUGUGUUUCAGGCUGACGCCCCAAACACCGGACUGAUCCCUGAAAGUGAUGCUGUUGGUGUGACUGUAGUGCUGAUUACUUGCACGUAUCGUGGCCAAGAAUUUAUUCGUAUUGGUUACUACGUGAACAACGAGUAUACAGAGCCAGAGCUUCGUGAAAAUCCUCCAAUCAAACCAGACUACUCACAGCUUCAAAGAAAUAUUUUGGCAUCAAACCCACGUGUCACCAGAUUCCAUAUAAACUGGGAAGGCUGUGCAGAAAGAAUGGAAGACUCUGAAAACGUGGAUCCGACUUCAAACUCCAAACACCCACCGUCUUGUCUGCCAGGCAAGGCUCCACCUUUGGGCAUCCUACCAGACAACUCUAUGGACUGCUUAUAGAGAUYCCUCUUGUUGCCCGAAAGGUGAUGAACCACAGGACAAGACCUUAUUUUUAAAGAAUGCCUAUGGACAUUCAAGAGUGGUGAAAUGAUGUACAGACCUGCAAGCCUUAUGACUUUAUUUUCCUAAAACAUCCCAAAAAGGAACUUUCACCUUGGGCUUCAUUUGUUCCAAUGAUGGGAUGAUUCUUAWUUAUAGAUGAGUAGUCAUUGUGAUAAUACCGAAAGCAAUACUGAAGUGUGAAGAAACAAUUAAAAAAAACUGCAGUUAUCAAACGAUGCAGCUGAACUAAAAUAUAUUGAAAUACAGUUAUGCCUUUCUCUUUUUUUCUAUUAUUUUGCAGAGCAAAUUAUAAUAUUUCAGUACUGAAGCAAUAGGCAGUCUAUUAAAAAUAUUAAUGUAAAUUUAUUUGAUAAUCUGACUUUUUUUUGUUGAAAUUGCACCUUUUUAUCUUGCUUUUUAAACUCUGAAUAGGUUUUGUAUGGAAAAUAUUAUUUCCUUCGUUUUUUUUCCUGUUUUCAGUUUUGUGUUCCAAAUAAAAAACAAGUAUUGUAUUCGAUA